GGGUCCCACCAUGACACCUUCCUGUGUUACCCUGCCUCUGUUCCACGUGUACGGCCAUCGUGCCCAUCAUGAUGGUGGGCCUGCACACUGGUGUCAAGGUGGUCACCGUGCCUAAGUUUCGACAUUAAGGCUUUUGUACCGCUGAUCGUCAAGCACAAGGUCACAAUGGUCCAUACUGUCCCGCCAGUGUUGAACUUUAUGACCCCAGUCACCGGACGUCAACCCAGAGUCCAUGAAGUCCGUGAGAUCUUUAGUGUGCGGGGCGGCGCCCGUGCCCCAGCCAUCCGUGAAGAUCAUCAAAGAAAAGACGGACAAAUCGCUCUUCUUCCAGGAAGGUUAUGGUAUGACUGAGGUGCUCAUCACUCACACAACCCCUUGCGGCUCCAGUAACGCUUCCCUAUGUUGUCUUCCCAACGUCAAGUGCAAGGUUAUUGAUGUCGAGACGGGGAAGUCACUGCCAGCCAACGAAAAAGGAGAGAUAUGCUUAAAAUCGCCUUCGGUGAUGACGGGUUACUUGAACAACGAGGCUGCCACUCGAGCUACCAUUGACGAGGACGGUUGGGUACACUCCGGGGACAUCGGCUACUACGACGAUAAUGAGAGCUUCAACAUCGUGGACCGUAUCAAGGAGCUUAUCAAGGUCAAGGCGAUGCAGGUGGCGCCUUCUGAACUUGAGGAGGUGAUUCUGCAACACCCCAAGGUGAAGGAGGUGGGGGUGACCGGAGUGCCUCACGACCGGUUCGGAGAAGCGCCGCGGGCAUAUGUGGUUACCUCGAGUCCCACCAGCGAGAAGGAGAUACACGAGUUCCUGGCUUCGCAUGUUGCUUCCCACAAGCAGCUGGCGGGCGGCGUGAUCUUCGUCUCAGAACUACCCAAAACUGCCUCUGGAAAAAUCCUUAGACGGAAACUGAGGGAACUGUAGAGUUGUCACGUUACUACAGCGAUGUGCUGCCCCACAUGCAUCUUACGACGCACGAUAUCCUCCCAGGAUGGCAAUCUUCACUCAUACACACGUACAUUUUUUUUCAUUAUUCUCUGUCUUUUGUGUCCGUGUUGUGACGCAGUGGUUCUUAGUUCUCGUAAGUAAUAUAAUGUCAUUUAACUCUAAUGAAAAGGGUUAUAUCUCAGAGACACUCCUCCCAGCCGGGCUGGUUUUAUUAAAACUAUAAAAAAAAAAAAAAGUAAUUUUUAAUCGUCAUUUUUUCAGUUCUGCCUUAACCUGUCUCUUAAAAGGCUUAACAGUAUGUCAUCAAUCCUUCUGCAAUAUCGCAUAAACCUAAACUAUCUAGGUUAUGUGGUGAAGUGAAGCGAGUCUGCAUCAAGAGCCUUAAUUUUCCUUAUUCAUUCAUAUAAACUCUUAAGUUCACCCAUUUGCAGCUUUAAUAAAGAAAACUUUAUCGCUAUCUUGUCGCUUAUAAUACGUGAAUAAAUACAAUUAUGUCAUCAUAUAUGUAGCUCUCCUCUCACCUUCACAUUCAGAAGAUGAAGAUACUGAGGGACAGUAAUCUGCAUUAUUAGACACAACGUGCAGCACGGGGGAAAAGAAAUAAUUUUCAGGAGUCAUCAACUCCAACAAGAGUCACAGUAUCGGGGCUCCCUGAUAAGUUGUCCAUCACUGUCUUCUACUGAAACAUCUCCUUCAAGGUCAUUUGCGGAAUAUCGUCAAACGUGGAGGAAUUUAACAUUUCUUAUGUAGCCAUUGCUGUGGCUCGCAGAACACUGGCGCAGAACGAGAUGCUUAUGUGAAUGCAGGAGUUAUUUAAGCUCUUAAAUCCUCGUGGCAAACUCAAAUUAUCCCCACAAAGCACAAAGCAAAUAUAUAGACCCCAUCCGUCCGUUAAGGGGAAUGAAGGUGAGCAGUGAGUUUGCCUCGCCACCAAGGUUUGGACACUGACCAUGUUCUGGCCCAGUGCUUUGUGUAUGCCACUGAAUCCUUAGAAAUGAUGGACACUUGUGAUGCCGCCAAUGACAGUUACCGCCAGAGAAAAAGAGAAUAUGACAGCUUCUGGGUUUUCCUUAUAUUCAAUAUGUAAUGUAUGCAUAAGACAUGGGGUGCUUUCGACGCCUUGAAUAAAGUGAGUCUUGAGUUCCUUGGCGUCUGACGUGGGCUUGAAUGUGGAUGACGUUUGACAUCUCCGAUUUCUCGAUGUUAUCGUGUAACAAUGCCCAUGAAUUCAGUAAUUGUUACAAAUGUAUAAAGGGGCGUUACGGUAUGCAUCUGCUCUUCUGGUCACCUCUAGGAUAUCAGUCAAUUCGGGUGUUUCGGCUGACACAUCUGGCUAUGCUACUUCAUAUUUGUCGCAUCAUCAUGAUUACUAGACCUUAUCUCCAAUGUGUAUAGCAAUACUUGUGAUUAUAAAACCAAACGUAAAAGUGCCUCACACUUUUUGCCCUUCCACAUCCAAGUCAAGCUAUAAAAUUGAAUACUGACUACAGCAACUUAACAGAUAAAUAAGAUAACUUUUCCAAAGCAAUGCCAACAUGAUCAUGAGAAAAGAUACGGCAUAGUAAGUUGGCAUUACUUAUACAUGAUGACCAAUAUAACAUCUUCCCAUAUUGUUCAUAUACAUAAAGCAUACUGAAAGGAAGACGGUAAUGACACUGAGGGAAAUAGUAUCAUCAAUAAAGAACAUAACCAAAGCAAUAGCCUCCCGCCAUUGACAUAGCGACAGGCAACGCUGGUGGAGAACUUAACUCAGCAAUCAAAUAACACUUGAGAAUGUGAUUGUAUCAUUGCCUUCUUAACCUCACUAUCGCAUGCACCACCUCACGCAAACAGAAAGCAAAUUUGUACAUACAUUACCACUUAAAAACACAACCAUCCUAUUGCUGAAGAACAACAAACUGAAUGACUGUACCUAAUAUGGAUAUGUAAGGCAUGAUAGAUGCUACAGGAUGAUACACUUUAAAAGCUGUACAGUAACCAUGUGACGGAAAUUGGUAUUCUUUCAAGAGUAACACUGGAAUCAAAAGAAAAGGUUUCAGAGAGCUAUGGUUAUUAGAACAUAAGAACAUAAGAAAUAAGGGAAGCUGCAAAAGCGACCAGGUUUACACGUGGCACUCCCUGUAUGAAAUAUACCUACCAUUUCCACCUAUCAUCCCCAUCCAUAAACCCGUCUUAUCUUCUCUUAAAGCUCCCUAAUGUCUUGGCACUAACAACAUGAUUACUGAGUCCAUUCCACUCAUCUGCUAUUCUAUUUGAGAACCACUUUCUUCCUAUCUCUUUCUUAAACCUAAAUUUUUCAAGCUUGACCCCAUUAUUUCUUGUUCUGUCCUGUUUGCUGAUCCUGAGAGUUAUUGUGUACCUACUGUGUGGGUUUCUUCUACCUACGCUAAGUACUUUAAAUUUGUUGAUAUUAAACUACAUUUGCCAUC